GGGAAACGCAAUAUAACUGUGAUUUUCAAUUCUUCAAAAAUAUAUACAAACAUAGGUAAACAAUUAAUGAACAUAAACCAACAGCUGUGCUAACACCACACCACAUAUUUUCAUAAAUGUUCUACAGACAUUACGGGUUGAACCGACUAACAAAAAUGUUUCAGUAUAUCUUAAGCUACAGCAAGAAUAUAACGUCACUAAACAAUAACAAUAUGAUUAGUCAUUUUAGUUUGAUUCUAUUGUGUCUUUCCGGCGUUUAUUGCGUAUCGUCUAUUGACUAUUUAGAUUUGAAUAGACUAAAACAAAUUUAUUACCGCCAAAUCACCGGCAUUAAGGAAUGGGACGAAGCUAUGAAGCAGCAAAUAAUUUACGAAGAUGUCAAUGGUACUAGAACUGCUGUUAACGUUAAGGACGCUGUGGACCGUUUUAUGCAAAAAGGUGACAACAGCACUGUGACGGAAUUCGAAUCGAUCCGCAGCAUAAUCAAAACAGCUUAUCAAUGCACUUUAGUGAGGUACGCUACCGUAACCGCUUACUUAAUAUUUCAGGAGCUGUGGGAGCACAAAUGCAACAUCAACUGGGCCUUAAAUCAUACGGAACAAAAUUUUUCGAAUUUCGAUUUGGAUACAAUACAUCAAAAUAAAAAUUUUAAAGACAUAUACGAUUCGAUACAGUGGGACGGAAAUAUAAUAGACUUUGACGUUAAAUUAGGAACAGACGACGAACAAAUAUUCGCAGUCCACCAAUUCGAUAGCAAGCGAAAGCAGGAUCUCCACAGUUUAUGGGCAGGAUUCAUCGAGAAGAAUCUCGGUUUUAAAAUCAACUACAAAAUCUAUACUGAAGUGAUAAAAACGAGGUUCACAAACCAGUAUAACAUACCGUUUAUCGUCGUUCUUAACGAACUCGCGUGUGUUCUCAACGAGGUGAUUCAAUUGUUGGACAGUUUCAACCAAGACAAGUGCGUAACACAAGACAGCAGUUUUGUAAAGAGCUUCGAAUCCCUAAAAACAGGCGUCCGCGGAGAUUUCAUGGGGCUUCUAAAGCAUUUUGAUGCAAUGAAGGCCAGAGAGGCCAGCUAUGAUGGGCAGCACCUACAAUACAAUCGGGAAGGUACUGUACCUGUGCCAUUCGUGGAGGGAAAAGACCUUAAUGCGAAAUUGUACAGAGAUUUUACAAAAUCGAUUCCGGGAAAACUACCAGCGCAUUCCGAAAUAACGGCUUCGGGUUGCUUCGUAGAGAAUUUGCAAUUUGAGAUUUCUGGUUUCAAAACGGAUAUUCAAAAUACUGCCAAACCAAGGGACAUUUAUGGCCCUAUCAACUAUGGACGCGCACUCGAACUUAAAAUAAAACUUAUAGAAACUACCUAUUAUGAAGAAAAAAGGGAGGAAAAAAUAGGUAUGAUAAUGUUUAGCGAUAAAUAUAAACCAUCCAAUGAUCAUCCGGAAAGCAGCGGACAUAAACAUAACAUUCUAGACCAGAUCAAAGAUAAAUUAACAAGAUUCCAAUUUCCAAAGAUCAACUAGGAUCUGAUAUCAAAAAUAUACAAUAACAUGUCUCAAAUAAUAAUCGAAUACAUAAUCUAUAAUUUUAAAAUUACAGAAAUGAUUGUACAAUAAAUUAAAUAUGCAGCUUA